AAGAUUAACGCUCGAUGAGUGAUGACGUAGGAAUGUUGUAUCUGGGCUGCGGGCGAAUGAGCGAAAAUGGCGGAUUCAGUAGCGACAGGGCUGGAAGAUGAAAAAGAUACUGAAAAUGAAGACAAGGAGAGGGAGAAACGGCCUUUCCACAGCACCGGCAAAACAGAGAAAAGCAGCGGCACAUCGGAGCUGACAGAGACGCUUGGAUUUUAUGAGAGAAAGGCUAAAAAGCAGGACAGCAAGCACAGUCUGUCGGACCUUUCUCUGUUGCGGUUCGUUAGUGCUGAGUUGACCAGAGGAUACUUUCUGGAACACAAUGAAGCCAAAUACACAGAGCGGAGAGAGAGAGUCUACACUUGCCUGAGAAUUCCCAAAGAGCUGGAGAAGCUGAUGCUCUUUGGGUUUUUCCUAUGUCUGGAUGCAUUCCUCUAUGUGUUCACCCUAUUACCCCUCCGAGUGCUUUUGGCACUAAUCAGACUUCUCACGCUGCCCUGCUGCAGACUCAGGGCUAGUAUAUGCCCCUACUGCAAAAAGAGAAGUGGAUCUCGCCUCCUGCAGCCUGCUCAGGUGUGUGACGUGCUGAAGGGAUUUAUCAUGGUGCUGUGUUACUCCAUGAUGCACUACGUGGACUACUCUAUGAUGUACCAUCUGAUCAGGGGACAGUCAGUGAUCAAGCUGUACAUCAUCUACAACAUGCUGGAGAUGGCAGACCGCUUGUUCUCGUCCUUUGGGCAGGACAUCCUGGAUGCCCUAUACUGGACAGCCACUGAGCCCAAGGAAAGGAAACGUGCUCACAUAGGCGUGAUACCGCACUUCCUCAUGGCCGUCCUCUAUGUCUUUCUUCAUGCCAUUCUGAUUAUGGUUCAGGCCACUACCCUGAACGUGGCGUUCAACUCCCACAAUAAAUCUCUGCUCACCAUCAUGAUGUCCAACAAUUUUGUUGAGAUCAAAGGCAGUGUGUUUAAGAAGUUUGAAAAGAAUAACCUCUUUCAAAUGUCCAACAGUGAUAUCAAAGAAAGAUUCACAAACUAUGUGCUCUUAUUAAUUGUCUGUCUCAGAAAUAUGGAACAGUUCUCAUGGAACCCAGAUCAUCUGUGGGUGUUGUGUCCUGAUGUGUGUAUGGUCAUUGCCUCUGAGAUCGCUGUGGAUGUGGUGAAGCACGCCUUCAUCACCAAAUUUAAUGAUAUCCCAGCAGAUGUCUACGGAGAAUACAGAGCAAGCUUGGCCUUUGAUCUUGUCAGCAGCAGGCAGAAAAAUGCGUAUACAGACUACAGUGACAGCGUAUCGAGAAGAAUGGGUUUCAUUCCUCUUCCCCUUGCUUUACUGCUCAUUCGGGUGGUGACUAGCUCAGUGAAGAUCCAGGGUGCCCUCUCCUUCAUCUGUGUUAUACUGUUUUAUCUUGGUAUGAUCACAUUAAAGGUCUUGAACAGUAUAGUGCUGUUGGGGAAGUCAUGUGUUUAUGUAAAAGAAGCAAACAUGGAGGAAAAACUGUUCCAGUCUCCCCCCUCCACUGUUCCAAGCAGAGAAUCCAGUAGAGCUCACCGUUCAAAACACACACAUGAACCAGCUGGUGAGUCAGUGGAGGAGGGCAUGUUGGCAUCAAUCAUCAGUCAGCCCACCCACCAGCCUGAAUGCACUGCCUCCAAGCUUCCAACCAGUGAAUCAGAUCAGUUCCUUACUACGCCCGAUGAGUCUGAGGAGAAGGUUCUUAUUCAGGAUGGAACAGAACUUAUACAUAGAGCUCCCAAGAAAGACCUGCUGGAAAUCGAUCGCUUUACUAUCUGUGGGAACCGAAUUGACUGAUGUAGUAGUGGUGCACUUGAACUCGGACAGUGACGAAGGCUGGGCAGGUGGCUGUGGACUGAAAUACCCCCUCCUGUGGACCAGCUUGACUGCUUGUUGUUUGACCCAGUGCUUACAAGAUGCAGGGUUACAAGAAACAGUGGGAUAUUUAUUUAAAAGUACACCUAAUUUAUUUAAGUUUCAUACUGAAAAACACCCAGACAACCCCACCCUCACCCUUAUUUACUCUCACAACCUUGCCUUCCCUUCUGUGAUCCAGACAUGGAUAAUAUUGGCCUUUCUUGGACUUAUGGACAUGGGGAGAUGGGCGUCUUGUUGGGUGGUUGCUAUGGUGUCCAGUUAAAGUUAGAGAGAGGGAGAAAGGGGACAUUUCAAGUAAAAAGACCAAACAAACAACUUUGUGUUGCUGACACACAAAUGCUGACAUGAAGAAUUUAACUACAGUCAGUAAUGACUUAGGCCAAGGUCAGUUUAACUUAUUUCAAAUAAUUUUUUUCUAUGUAGAACUGCAUUUUCCUAAAACUCUGUACCCUCUACACCCAUUUUUCUUUCAAUUCCACUUUGUUGCUGUUAUUUUUUCCAAGACACAUUGUCUUGCCGAAGGACAAGUGAGUAGGCUGUGUAAUAUAUCAAGUAAAUCAGGUCAGCUCUUCAUCUCUGCAUCUUUAAAAGUUACUUAGAAUUUUAGUUAUAUUUAAGAAAAGCUUACUGCACAGCAGAGAACAGCCUACAGUGAAUCACCAGGGUAACAAAAAGAAUUAGCUGUGGUUUUAUGUUCUUUUUUUUUUUUUACCGUAAAGAUGAUGUAAUAAUUGAGGUUUUUUAUCAGGUGUUGAUGUUUUUCAUCCUCUACCUUAUUCAAACUUGUGUCCUGUCAUUUGUAAGGGUAUACUGCAACCUCACUGAUGGCUUUAGAACAUUAACAUUUCUUUGCAGCAUUAAGAUAAGAUAAGAUAAACAUUAAUAGGAUAAAUGUUUAAACUUUCAAAAACCCUGUUAAAAACAGGGUUGUUGCUUUUAGUGUGAAUGUGGCCAAGAAGAUAGAUUUGAAGAAAUACAAAGUAAAAACUAUAAAACUUGAUAAGAAGCUUCAUUUGCGAAACUAAAUCAUUGCCCCCUUAGCCUUUUUUAAUGCCCAGUGAAAAUCUGCAGGAAAGUCAUUUUGCAAAAUCUUAGUCGAGGUUGUGCUGUGCACCUUUAUAACUGAGGGGGAAAUAACCAAUUGGAAUAAGGUAUGGGUUAAAAAACAGAAGAUAUUUUAGUUCAUGUUGCACAAGUUUGGUAAAAUCAUACAAUAUACUUUGAUGCUUGUGAAUUCUAAAUUAGUUAAUGUGGAAAUUUACAGUAUUAAUAUUUUGCACAACAGUACACAACAGUAGGAACAGAGAAAACACUUGUACCAAAUGACACAUUAAUAAUUAGUAGUGAGCAUAAGUGAACUUGUAUACACAUUGACCAGCAUUGCAGUUUAGUUCACCAAUGUAAUAGAGUCAACUGUGAAUGGAUUUCUUUAAAUUUGGAAAUUAGUUGAGCUCCUGGAUAAAUAAUUUCCAUUCUUAAAUUUGUUCUGCUUUUUUUUUCAAGCAUUCUACUUCAUAUCAGCCUAGCAUUUGUUUAGUGCUUUUUUUUCUGUCAGGAACAGAUUUCAAUAAGCUUUAAAUGCUUGUUCAUACAUU